AUGAAUUAAAAUGGUAAUGUUAAUCCUUUAAUACCUGGUAAAAAAAUUUUGGCUAUUUUUGGAUUUGUAUCUAUAAGAAACUUUCCUUAAAUAACAGAAAUUUUAGAAGAAAAUAUCAUGCUUUUUACUAAUUAGAUUGCUGAAAUUAUCCAUAUUGUAUGUGAUUCUUACCAUGGAAUUAUUAAUAAAAAUCUUGGGGAUUGUUUUUUAAUUAUUUGGAAGCUUAAAGAUUAAGAUAAUCUAAUUUAAAUUAAUAAAUAAGAAGAAAUUAGUAUUUUUAAUAUAUCACAUUGUUAAAAUUAUACUGAUUUGGCCCUUAUUGGAUUUCUUAAAUCUUAAUCAAAUAUAUAUAAGCUUUCUAUGACAAAAAAAUUUAAAAAUUCUCUUAUCAAAAUUCAAAAAACAAAUCCAAAUUUUUCUUUAAAAUUGGGUUUCGGAUUACAUUUUGGCUGGGCCAUAGAAGGUGCAAUAGGUUCAAAUUUUAAAAUUGAUGCAAGUUAUUUAAGCCCGAAUGUUAAUUUAGCCAGUAGAUUAGAAAACGCAACUAAAUAAUAUGGAAUAUAAUUAUUAGUUAGUGGAGCUGUAUAUAGAUUAUUAUCAAAUUAAACUAAAUAAUACUUAAGACAUAUUGAUAGAGUUACUGUAAAAGGAUCAGAAUAGCCUAUGGAUUUAUAUACUUGCGAUAUGGAUUGUAAUUUGAUUGAAAUAUAAUAAUUGAUUAAAUAAAGUAAUGAAAAUUAGAAUGAACCAAAUAAAAAAAUAUUGAAAUAUGUUCAAAGAAUGAAAAAAUAAACUAGGCUUAAAAAAAUUAUUAAAAAUUAAAUUCAAGUUCAUAAUUUAUUUUUAAAAGAUAAUGAUUUUUUAAUUAUGAGAUAAACUUAUACAUAGGAAUUUUUUAACUAUUUUCAUCAAGGAAUUAAUAAUUAUUUAGAUGGUUAUUGGAAAGAUGCUAAAAUUAAAUUUGAAGAAGCUUAAUUAAUAUUGAAUAAAGAAUAUGAAUAUAUUUAAAAGGAUAAAUUGAUAGAUGGUCCAAUAAAUACAUUAGAUAAAUAUAUGAAAAACUUUAAUUAUUAAUCUCCUGAUAAUUGGAAAGGAUAUAGGGAAUUAAGUGAAAAAUGA